CUUCCAAGAAGUUGUUCCCCACUCAGUUUCUUCUCACAACCACUUGAAAAUGAUGCUUGUGCGGCAGGUGCCCUGCCUGGCGCAGAGGGCCAGCGCUCGCAGCGCUGUCCGCAGCCGCCCGGCCCCCUUCACGCCCGCUCGCCGCGUCUUCGCGCGCGCCCAGGCCGAUGCCGCGCUGCUGGAGGACGACGAGGUCGCCUACGAGGUGACCAACGAGGACUUCGAGCUGGACGAGAACGAUCCUGACCUGCUGCUGGGCCUGGAGGCUGUGGAGCUGAUGGGCUCUGACGUCGACGCGAUGACCGCUGCCGCGGUUGCCGCUGAGAUGGAGUCUGCCGAGGACAAGGAGGAGGCUGCUCGCGCCGUUGAGGACGUGAUGGCCAGCAAGCUGGCGGCUGGCGAGCUGUCGGAGGCUGAGCUGUCCAAGGUGGCGGCUGCCGUCGGCGACCUGGAGGGGGCUGAGCUGGACGACUUCGUGCCCGCCCUGGCCAGCGACCGCUACGCGGAGGCGGCCGUGUCCUCGGACGACAAGGCGCUGAUGGAGCCCCUGAAGCUGAGCAAGGGCGAGCUCCGAAACCUGCUGCCCCAGGACUGGGACCAGAUCAACGUGGACUUCUUCUCCAACAAGAAGGACGAGAACAUCCCCCUGCCCGAGUACCGCCUGAAUGUGCUGUGGACCGACAAGAACCUGGCUGUCGCCAUCGACCAGGUCUACAGCCGCGGCCAGGUCAGCCCCCUGACCGAGUACUACUUCUGGCCCCGCCAGGACGCCUGGGAGGAGCUGCGCAUCAACCUGGAGAGCCGCCCCUGGAUCUCCGAGCGUGACCGCAUCAUCCUGCUGAACCGCCUCACCCAGCUGAUCAACUUCUGGCAGGACGAGGAGGUGAAGCACACCGUGGAGGAGGCGCGCGCCGAGUUCCCCGACUGCGCCUUCGCCAUCGCCUAAGCGGCUGGCCGCUGUGUUGGGUGCUGCGGUGCCCCGGCCUCUGCCACCCUCCUGUCUGCUGUGUGCCUGGCGGCUUGUGAUGGAGCGGGCGCGGCAGCAGCAGCUGAAGCGCUGGGGCUGAGGGGCUGCGCUUUGUGUGUGGCUUGGAUUGCGAGGUGGUUGCGGAAAAGGAAGAAGUUCAGUGCUUGGAAAAGCUGGGCGGGCGCUCCUCGCCGGUGUGGGUUUGUGGGCACACACCGGUACGGGCGUUGUGGCAACGCGACACGGUUGCUGCAGCCCGCUUGGCUGGAGGCUUGUAGGGUUUUUAGGAAGGGUCGGCGCUUGGGCACGCUUGCAGGCCUAGGAAGACGCUCACAUGAGCUCAGGCUGCAGAGUUGCCAAGCAGGAUGCUGUUGCGGAAGGAGUCGCUCGCGGGCAUGGACUUGUCUGCGACAAGACCCUCCGGGCCUCGCAUAGCAGCGCGGUACGUGCGCGUGAGGCGGUGGCGGCGGUAUGGCUACUUCCUGUCUGCUGCGUGUGAGCAUCGGGCCAGUUUUGGGCAUGCGUGUUUGGGGCUGCCGCCCCUAGACGUAUAGGUCCGCGUUUGCACACAUACGACGUGACGGCAGGAACGGGGCCGCGCCUGUCAGACAACACAGCUGGUAGUGGAGGAUAAAUCGAGUUAAGUGAUAGGGUGAAACUUUUCUGUCAUGGGUAUGGCGCGUAUCUGCCUGCGUCGGCCAGCAGUUGUUUCAGAUGCAGGGGGCGGCGUUGCGGGUCGUGAUGCCGACACGCAGGGCAGUUGUCCUGGCGAGGGGCCGAAUUUUGCCGUGUCACGGCCGCUCGCUGCCGGUUGCGUGUCGUGCGCUGGGUUUGGGAGGAUGACUGCACGCACGGAAAGAACAGGAGGGUGUGUGGAGGGCAGAGACCUGGAGCGAUGGCUCCAUGUAAAAUGAAGCUGAG